UUUAGUGGCCGCAAACAGGUAAAGGGAGUUCCGGGGUGGCUCGCUUCAUUGUGGAGCCGGUACAGGGUCUCUUUGUUAUCUGUCCUCUGUGGAAGGCCUGGGUGAGAGUCGAGCAUGUCCGGUCGUGGGAAGCAGGGCGGCAAAGUGCGGGCAAAGGCCAAGUCUCGGUCCUCACGCGCGGGCCUGCAGUUCCCCGUGGGUCGAGUGCACAGAUUACUGCGCAAAGGCAACUACGCGGAGAGAGUGGGCGCUGGGGCGCCGGUGUACCUGGCCGCGGUGUUGGAGUACCUGACGGCAGAGAUCCUGGAGUUGGCUGGCAACGCCGCGCGCGACAACAAGAAGACCAGGAUAAUUCCUCGGCACCUGCAGCUCGCCAUCCGCAACGAUGAGGAGCUAAACAAGCUGCUGGGGAAAGUGACCAUCGCUCAGGGCGGCGUCCUGCCCAACAUCCAGGCUGUGUUGCUGCCCAAGAAGACGGAGAGUCAGAAGACGAAGAGCAAGUGACACCGAUGCCGCCACAGGGAAGCGAGGCGAGCUGGCUUCCCCAGCAAAAGCUCCUUGUUAGCCGCUCUCGGUGUCUUUGAAUGUGCUGGGUGUCAUGGAGGACCGGGACGAUCUAGAGGGGCCCGCCGGGGUCGGGGACCAAUAAAGUCGGUGAAAAUCA